AUGUCAUAUGCUCCUAGCCAGCUUCUCAAGGGAAAGGCCGUGAAAGGGGACGGUACCCACGGCUCCACCAUCUUCAAGGCUGAUGUGAUUCCACGUGAAAAUAGUACCAACAUUAACGUUCCCAAAUGGGCUGCAGUCAAAACAGUUUCGCCCGGAGAUAAGACCGCCAUAGAGAACCUAAAACGUGAACUCCAGAGCUACCGCCUCCCCGGCGUCGCCUCGCAGGCCUGUUUCCGGGCUCUAUACGACAAGAUCGAUGACAGGACCGUCACUCUAGAAUGGCUGGACACUACUCUCGCGGGAGUCAGCUACCAGCCAAACGCGGCCACAUAUAGGCUCAUGGCAGCCUCACUCAGGGCAGCCUUAGAGAGCUGUGUCGUCUUGGACCAUCUGGACUACGUAAACACUGACUUUAAACCCGCCAACACCCUGUGCUCCGGCAUCGAGACCGGUAAAAUCAUGGCCAAAGUACUCUUCCCGUCCGGCCAGCGUAUCAACGUCCAGCCAUUUGCCAUGCGCGCUCCCGAAGUCUUCCUGGGCAAUGCUUGCACCGGUCCAUCUCAGGUCUGGGCUACCGCCGCAAUGAUCCUCUGCUGGGUCAAGCCCGGCAUUCUAGGGGCAUGGGAUAGUAUCCAUCCCCUCCUCAACGAGGCCUGGUCUAUGGCGAAGAUCAAACGGCUCUUUCCCGAAUGGAAUAUCCCUACACCUAACCAGAUCAAUCCCAGAAGUUAUUCCCUCCAAGCCGCUGUCGAGUCUGCCGAGAGGAUGAGUGUGGAGAGGCCGGAAAUGCAGGCAAUAUCGCCCCUCGAGGAGGAGGCACAGAAGCUAGUGAUGCCACAAGAGCUCCGCAACCUCCUUCGGUUCAUGUUAGUGCCCGGUGUAGAAGCUAGGCCCUCGGCCUCGGUAGUGUUGGCGUCGAAGGAAUUUCUCGCGUUCGAGAGGGUGGCAGGCGACCCGAAAUUCUCAGGAUAA